AUGAGGCUUUCGAUAUUAGCCCCCCGCCCUGGGGGUGAGCCAGUUACUUUAAUCGUCUCAAGGCCACACUCUGCUCAGGUGUACGACGAGUCAGAGUGGGCCACCGCCUACCCCGAGAUUGAACGACUGUAUAUUCGCGAGCGUCGAAAGCUACGGUAUAUUAUACAAUUCAUGGAAAAGAAGCAUGGCUUCAAAGCGACAGAGCAGAUGUACAAAAAGAGAUUCGCGAAGUGGGGGUUUCAGAAGUCAACAAGACGGUCGACGACAGAUGUACAGCGCUUAUCGAGAAGGCUCGAAAGAUGUAGAAACUCAAAAUCUCACUCACCAGUGGUGGGGGAGCCAUGCUCCAUACUAAUGCUGCCCCUCGGAUUGGGACCGAAUGACAGCCUAAAGCUUAUGUUUUUCACAAGCGUACGAACUUGGAGUGUGGCGUUCUUUGAUGGAUUGCAAACUAUUCGACAGCGGGCGCCUCUGACCGUCGAAGCUCAAGAGAUUAGCUUUGCAUUCAAAUUAUCGAUUGACCUGCUGAACCGAGGACACGGGAUGCUGGCAGGUAGGACGAUACGGAAGGCAUUUCUCCUGAUCGAGGAUCUUUUCACACUCGAAAGCCCAGCGCUGAUAUGGAACCUGCUCGAAAUCAUGUACAACAUGGUGUUGUUAAACCACAGACAGCUCUUCCAGAUGCUACUGGUCCAUCUGAUUGCAUUGGCCAAAAAUUACAGGAUGCCAGAGGCUCAUCCGCUGUCUACCAUGCUGCAAGCUUUGUGGCGACUGGCCGAGGAUCGAAGAGACUUGGUACCCAGCUCUUCACCGUCUUUGUGGUCCUCCUUAUCAGGUUCUUCCACCAGUGGCGGAACAAUCAUCGCCGUUGACACGUUUUCUCAUGCUUUUCUAUUCUUGCUUGAGCAGGCAUGGAUCUCCAAUGCGCAGAUUCUCUUCGACCAUUUCGACCCUGAACUGAUUCAACUCUACUGGAGCCUGUUGUGGGACUCAUGUUCUAUCAAGCUUCCCGUGGCUGUUGUGGACCCGGUGGUCCAGUGGCUCAGCCAAACUAAUGCUGCAAGUAAGAAGUCCGCCGCUGCCGCCACACAUCCAGCUCAAGGCAAUCCUUUCGAGCUGCAGCAUCGGUUAACCCCUCAUACGAACGCCCACGCCUCACCACUGCACGGGAAUCUUCGUGCGAGUAGCAUUGCACUUCUGCGAGAACGUUGGGAUCUAAUCCUCGAGAAUGGCGUUGAUUCUGACGCCGGUAGCGGGACGUUAUUAGGCAUUCUGGCGGGUCUGGUAGCGACCAAAGUACUUGAAGAACGGCCAGACAUCAUGCUUGAAUGUUCACUUCGCCCUGGGCGAGAUGUGAUGAAGGCACCCCGCAUUCAGGCCGUCCCCGUCGCUUGCGUGAUCAUGGCGGCAUCGUUGAUGAGCGAGGUCAACAUCGUCGGAGCUGAAAAUACGGAUGCGUCCUCGACUUCAAUAAUCGAGCGGCUGCGUAUGGUGGUCUCUCUCCGUGAGUAUCUGCAGGGUGAAGCAGAUCCCCAAGUGGUGCGAGAACUGUGGCUGCUCGAAGACGCAUUCAAUGGAGCGGGCGAACAUGAACAAGCACAAGAAGUUAAAAGGGAGUCAUUCCGGCGGCUAGAGAUUUACGUACAAAAUAUCCCAGCCAUGUCUGCAUAA